CUGGCCGCGCUCCGGCCGCUCCCGGGCCGGGUCCGCCGGCGCUGCCCGCCCGCCUGCCAGCGCUUCGUGCCGCACCCGCGGCGAGGACGGCCGGGAAGCCAUGGAAGAGUUAAUAGUUGAGCUGCGCCUGUUUCUUGAACUUCUGGACCAUGAAUAUCUAACUUCCACUGUCAGGGAGAAGAAGGCAGUAAUAACUAAUAUUCUCCUGAGGAUACAGUCAUCAAAAGGUUUUGAAAUAAAGGAACAUGUACAGAAGCAAGAAGUCGCCAACAAUUUGCCGGCGCCUCCUCAAAUGCCUCUGCCAGAAAUACCUCAGCAGUGGCUGCCACCAGAUAAUGGGCCUCCUCCAUUACCAACAUCUUCCCUUCCUGAAGGCUAUUACGAAGAGGCAGUGCCACUUAGUCCUGGGAAGGCUCCUGAGUAUAUCACUUCCAAUUAUGACUCAGAUGCUAUGAGCAGCUCUUACGAAUCCUACGAUGAAGAGGAGGAGGAUGGAAAGGGGAAGAAAAUGAGACAUCAGUGGCCUUCUGAGGAGGCCUCUAUGGAUCUGGUGAAGGAUGCCAAAAUCUGUGCCUUCCUUCUUAGAAAGAAACGAUUUGGGCAAUGGACCAAACUACUGUGUGUUAUCAAAGAAAACAAACUACUGUGUUACAAAAGUUCCAAGGACCAGCAGCCCCAGAUGGAACUGCUCCUGAAUGACUGCAGCAUCAUGUACAUUCCCAAAGACAGCAAAAAGAAGAAGCAUGAGCUGAAAAUCUCCCACCAAGGAGCAGAUGCGCUGGUUCUGGCAGUGCAGAGCAAAGAGCAAGCCGAACAGUGGCUAAAGGUUAUAAAAGAUGUGUGCAGCAACUGUACAGGAGCUGUAGACUCCGAUGGGCCAUUGUCUAGUUCUCCAGUACACAAGACAGAGCUUGAAAAGAAGCUGUCAUUUGAGAGGCCAAGUUCAGAUGGGGAAGGUGCUGGGGAAAAUGGCACCACUACCGUGUGCAAUGGGAAAGAACAAGUGAAGAGGAAAAAAAGUUCAAAAUCAGAAGCCAAGGGCACUGUGACUAAAGUAACUGGGAAAAAAAUAACAAAGAUCAUUGGUUUAGGAAAGAAAAAGCCAUCAACAGAUGAACAGACCUCAUCAGCUGAAGAAGAUGUUCCAACGUGUGGAUAUCUCAACGUGCUCUCAAAUAACCGUUGGCGUGAGCGCUGGUGCAGAGUGAAAGACAAUAAACUCAUUUUCCACAAAGACAGGACGGAUCUGAAGACGCACAUUGUUUCUAUCCCUCUCCGUGGCUGUGAAGUCAUCCUGGGACUGGAUUCAAAGCAUCCUCUGACCUUCCGCCUGCUCCGAAACGGGCAGGAGGUGGCUGUGCUUGAGGCAUCCUCCUCUGAAGACAUGGGCAGAUGGAUCGGAAUUUUGCUGGCGGAAACAGGGUCUUCGACAGACCCUGGAGCUUUGCACUAUGACUACAUCGAUGUGGAAAUGACAGCAAGCGUCAUCCAGGCUGCAAAACAGACCUUCUGUUUCAUGAACAGGCGAGUUAUAUCCACAAAUCCGUACCGGGGAAGCACUGCCAACGGCUACGCCUGUCCAAGUGGAAUGGCACUUCAUUACGAUGAUGUUCCUUGCAUAAAUGGAUCGUUUAAAGGCAAGAAGCCUCCUGUGACUGCUAAUGGGAUCACUGGAAAAGGGAGAACUUUAAAUAACCAGCCAAAGAAAUCUGAAUCAGUGUCAUGUGUGAAGCGCACCGCGUCCAAUGCAGAGCAGUACAAAUAUGGCAAAAAUCGUGUGGAGGCAGAUGCAAAGAGGUUGCAGAGCAAAGAGGAGGAACUACUGAAGAGGAAAGAAGCACUCCGGAAUAGGCUUGCCCAGCUCCGAAAAGAGAGAAAAGAUCUACGUGCUGCCAUUGAAGUCAAUGCUGGCAGGAAGACCCAAGUGAUUCUUGAAGACAAGUUAAAGAAGUUGGAAGAGGAGUGUAAGCAGAAGGAGGCUGAACGUGUAAACCUGGAGCUAGAGCUGACGGAGGUGAAGGAGAGCCUUAAGAAAGCUUUGGCAGGUGGCAUCACGCUGGGCUUGGCUAUUGAGCCCAAGUCAGGAACAUCAAGCCCACAGUCUCCAAUUUUCAAGCACCGAACAUUGGAAAACUCACCGAUCUCCAGCUGUGAUACCAGCGAUACCGAAUGCUCGAUACCUGUGAACAGUGCAGCAGCUCUGAAGCGACCUCCCUCAUCAAAUAGUUCUCCUUGUCGAGGCCACGUCCUUCGAAAAGCAAAGCUACAAGCGAGCCCAGGCCUUAUAGAUGUGGCUAAGGAAAGGGUGUCACACGAAUGGGAGAUGAAAAAUGGAACAUAAAUACAGCAAAACCACUCAGUUUCCAUAAAGGCCUUACCUAUUAUGGACCAAGAUGUAGGCUGCAAAAAGACUCAUCUGAAAGGCGGUAUCAGGCGACACAACAGAAGAGGCUUUCUGAUGAUGUUAAGUUGAUGGUUGCUUGGCGCUCGUUUGCCUGUGUUCCCUCUACUGUAUUGCUGUGUAACUACGUGUGCCCCUGUUUAUUAGCUGUAACUCUUUAUUUCCAACGUCGCUGGUAAAGAAAAUGAAAACCAAAAAAAACCCAACCCCCAAGCCAACCAUAGUGAUUGAAAAGGAGCAUAAAAGUCACAGUUGCAAGUUUGCUUUGCAGAAACAGGUGUGUUACGUCACAUCAGAUGGCCUGAACACCACUGAAGACUGGUGCAUUAAGAAUGAUGUGAAAUUGUAACUUUUACAGGUUAAAACUGGCUUUUGAGUCCGGCCACAGAGGUGGCUGAGCAAAGUCUGCCUCCGUUAGUAGUCGCUUUGCUGUUAGCUGUUCACGAUGCAAAAGACAACUGAGGAUAUGUAGUCAACAGAAAUGGCAUGAGCUCUUCAGUGCUGCUGUCUACACUGCUGCAAGACGGUGGGAUGACAUAACUCAGCUCUGAAGCAAUUUUUGGAUACUUUUUUAGACAGGUGCUUUUUGUCAUUAGGAGAGAAAAAACCACCAUGCUGUGAAAAAAAGCAUUUUCAGUACAUUCUCUUUGUGACUGUUCUGAAGCACCAGUCAUUUCCAAAGGUCGUGGUGUUGAACUGUGACUUGUUCUUGAUGUUUUUUAAAAGGCAAACAGGUAUUUUUAGGUGCUUCUUUUCUAUGAUUUUUGAAGAAAACAUAAUGGAAAUUAAUCCUCAGCAGGUAAUGGCAACUCAGAAUAGCUUAUGCAGUCAGUCUCGUUUUGUUUUAUAAUAUAGUAUUGUUAAACUUGAGUUAUGGAACACUGCUGUACUUCAUUCCCUUCGUCUUUUCAGGCCUUAGCUAUUAUUUUUGAGAAAGAUGGACUGAAAAGAUGGUAAUUUCCAGACUCUUACAAUUUUAGAAAGAAUUGGGGAUUUUUCUUAGACAGGAGUCCAUUUCUGCUUACUAGGAAACAGUGUCUUGCAUUUUAAUCUGUAAAAAUUAUACUAAUCUGUUUUUCUUGGUCUCUAUCCGUGUCAUUCCUGAGAAUUUACAUGCAGUAAUUUGCCAGCUAAAGUCCUUCAAAAUCUCAAGACUGGCUUUUAAAAAUCAAGAGAGAGGGAAAUAACCCAUAUAAUGAGUUGGGUUCUUUUCAUUUUUUUCUCUGUGGUUUUUUUAAGCCUUUGGAGAUCAUUCAGUCACAUUCUCAAGAUUUUUUUUUCCCCUCCUCAACUGUGAGGAUUAGAAAAUUACUUUAAUUAAAAAAUUUAAAAUACUACUCUCAUUUUGAGAUAAUCACAGAUGUUAGGGCUGGAGUCUUGAUAAUUAGUUAAGACUUGCAAAUAAAACCAUAGAAGUUGGCAAGGCAGCAGUUAUCAAGGAUCACAUUCCUUUCUGGCCCAGCGUAUAGUUUGUCUCUUACCUUAGGAACAGGUAUCUAACUCCUGAAGGGAUACUGAGAUUCCCAGCUGAGCUGGAUGCCAGGCGACUUCCCACAGGAGCUGGUGGGAUUUGAAGGCACAGACCUAUCACAAAGACCCGAUGGCUGCUGGGAGACAGGACUGUGUUCUGUUCUCAAAUGCAAUUAGUGCCAGGAAUCCCAUUUACCUUAGCAGAGGAGAAAUGGGGCCCAACAUGAGAAAAGGCUCUUUGUUUCUUGGGACUAUGCUUGGGACAGGAAUGCAGAUACAGUAGGGAAGCAAGCAUCAGUGUGGUUUGCACUGAGGACAGCGUUUUUUUAGUAUUAUUUUAGGUUAUCUGCUUAGUUACUAACUCUAUAAGUGGAGGGCACGUUCUAUGCUGUAUGACUAUGGACUAAAUAGUAUCAAGUUCCCAUAAAUAUUAGCAGAAACAAAUUUGAAGCAAAAGUAAUUUCAUUUAGGCUUUUUAUUUCAAAUUAAGUUAUUUAUUUGUAUAUUUCAAUAAAUAUUUAAUUUAUAUGUGUACAUAUUUAUGAUGCCAAUUAGGCUUCUAGUCAACGUUUGCAAUGAUGUAACAGUUGCCAUUAAGAAGUGAUUCCCACAAGUAACACAGAGUAGUCAAAAGCCAAAUCACUUGUCUUGUUUACCCAAUGUUGGCAUUGUAUCUUCCACCCCCUAUAUCUCAUGGAAAAAAAACAAAGAAAGUCCUGGGCAAGGACAGGUUUUAAUCUAUGCCUGAGACAGAAGUGUGCACAUUUCUGUCCAAGCAAACACAAAUAGUGCCGCAGCCUUCUGCUCAACUUAGACACGGUCAUCCGUGUGCACCUAUAGCACACAGAAUCACACCCUGAACACCUAUAGCACUCACAGCACCCAUAGCACUCACUGCAGCAGAGGCUGCUGGCAAAAAUCAAGCCUCUUUAGUCCUUCCUCCAGCAAUGGCUCUGUAACGCCAUCACCACCCCUUGCCCCAAACCCAGCACAUACUGUAAUUGUAUGUCUCUCAUAUAGGUACCAUCACAGUUUGCAUUAGACAUCAAUGCUAUAUAAUAGCCAAGGUUUUGAAGGGAAGACAAGAAAAAACAAACCACAAACCUCGGAAAAUAACCUCUCUCUAGACCUCACUUGGUGCUGUGAAAGUGUAUGUACUCUGUUUAUUGCUGCACAACUUUUUAUAAGAAGCGACAGAGCUUGUAUGUUCGCUGGUUUUAGAUUUCAGGAUCACCAAGCAAACUCAGCAAUAGACCACCAUGACUUUUAUUUUAAAGGAAAACUCUUGUAUUUUAAACCAUUUCUAUGUCUUUUGAGAAAAUGUUACACUUGCUUUUCCUCAACCAACUCCUGUUACUGUAGCAGGUGCAUUUGAAAUUGCUUUUUAAUGGGUGAUGCUUUUUUUUUCCAAAAAAAAAAAAAAUCAUAACUUAAGGGGAUCAAAUGUGUUUGUUUUUCUUUUUUUUAAUGAGAGGAUUGUGGCAAUUUGAUUUUUCAAAGGGAGAAUACUUAAUUUAGUAUCAAUUUCUGUUAAAGACACUUUCAAAUCAAUUGGCCCAGGCUGUAUGUUGUAAGAUAAUGUUCUCAUAUUAAGAAUGUAAUUAUUUCCUUAUUGUAUUUUUUAAAAAACAAAAUCAUAUUUAACAAAAAAAAAAAAUCUCUGUGAAAAAAAAAGCAUGAAAGAAACAUGAAAAAAGUUUUUGUUUUAUUUUUGUUAUUCGAUAUGUUGGCAGUGCCCAUUAUCAUUGACUGUAAAUAUCGUCUUUCUACUGUAUUUCUCAAUGUAUUUAAGUUUUUUUGACACACAUUUGUGGAAACUUCUGUUAAAAAGAAAAAAAAAAGUCCAAAAUAGCCCCACCCUCAAAUGUGUGUCAUAGUAGCUUCAACUAACUUCACGCCUUUCUAGUUUACUCUCCAGAAAGUCUUGCAGAGUGUGAAAAGAAGACUGGCACCUGGUAGGUGUGACAGAUCCAAGACCAUUAUUAAUAAAGUUACCUGUCCAA